GAAGAAGAAGAAAAGAGGAGGGAAAACAAGAACUAGAAGAAGAAAAGGAAGACGAAGAAGAAGAAUCAGUUGUCAACACAUUUGGUUUUUAACGGUCAAAAGAUAAAACGUUAGAGCUCAUGUCACCUCUGAUGCUAUGUGCAGGGGAUAUCUAAGCUAACUACAUUUCCCAUGGUGCACCGGCGGGGAGCGUCGUGUCGCCAGCGAGCUGUCAGUGUUGGGGGAGAGGGAGAGAGAUCGGUCCAGCAUCUCUGGAGCAGCGGAGCGGAGCGGGUGACAGAGACACACGGUCCUCAUCAGCAGAAUGAGGAGGAUUUAGCUCAACGUUUCUCCGCCGCGAUGCACAAACUGGAUGUUUACUAGAGACUGACCCUCCUCGACCGCCAUAGAUCAGCGCGGAGAUCUGACUUUAUUCCAUCAAUGAGAUAAUGUGGAGAGGCUGUACCGCCCGGUGGUAACGCAGAAAAAAAAAGAAAAAGAAAAAAAAAGAAGACACACACAAGAUGAAGAAGCAGUUCAACCGAAUGAGACAGCUCGCCAACCAAACAGUGGGCAGAGCUGAAAAAACAGAAGUAUUAAGUGAAGACCUACUACAGGUGGAGAAACGCCUGGAGCUGGUCAAGCAGGUUUCCCACAGCACACACAAGAAGCUGACCGCCUGUCUGCAGGGCCAGCAGGGCGUGGACGUGGACAAGAAGUCUGUCAGGUCACCCUCGAAGAAGCUUCCUCUCACAACACUAGCACAAUGUAUGGUGGAGGGGGCGGCUGUGCUCGGGGACGAGUCUCUACUAGGGAAGAUGCUGAAGCUCUGCGGCGACACGCAGGACCGACUCGCUCAGGAGCUCAUCCUGUUCGAGCUCACCAUCGAGAGAGACGUCAUCGAGCCGCUGUACGACCUCGCAGAGGUGGAAAUCCCAAAUAUCCAGAAACAAAGGAAACAUUUAGCGAAACUGGUCCUGGACAUGGACUCUGCGCGCACACGGUAUUAUCAGUCCAACAAGUCUUCAGGACUGUCGAGCAACCUGCAGCCAACUGGAGCCAAGGCCGACCACCUCAGGGAAGAGAUGGAGGAGGCAGCCAACCGCAUGGAGAUCUGUCGAGAUCAGCUGUCAGCAGACAUGUACAGUUUUGUGGCCAAAGAAAUUGACUAUGCAAGCUACUUCCAGACCCUGAUAGAAGUCCAGGCAGAGUACCACAGGAAGUCAUUAGAGCUGCUUCAAAGUGUUCUGCCCCAGAUCAAAGCUCAUCAGGAGACCUGGGUGGAGAAACCAUGCUACGGGAAACCAUUAGAGGAGCACUUAGCGCUCAGCGGGAGAGAUAUUGCCUUUCCCAUCGAGGCCUGUGUCACCAUGCUGCUGGAAUGUGGCAUGCAGGAGGAGGGUUUGUUCAGAAUCGCUCCGUCGGCCUCCAAGCUGAAGAAGCUGAAGGCGUCUCUGGACUGCGGGGUGCUGGACGUUCAGGAGUACUCAGCCGAUCCACACGCCAUCGCAGGUGCUCUGAAGUCGUACCUGCGGGAGCUGCCUGAGCCGUUAAUGUCGUACGAGCUGUACAACGACUGGAUCCAGGCCUCCAACAUUCAAGACCAAGACAAGCGACUGCAGGCUCUCCUCAACGCCUGUGAGAAACUACCACCGGCCAACAACAACAACUUUAAGUAUUUGAUCAAAUUCCUCUCCAAACUGACUGAAUACCAGGACGUGAACAAAAUGACGCCAGGAAACAUCGCUAUUGUCCUCGGACCGAACCUGCUGUGGAUGAACAACGAAGGCAACAUCACGGAGAUGAUGACCACAGUUUCCCUUCAGAUCGUCGGCAUCAUCGAGCCCAUCAUCCAGCACGCCGACUGGUUCUUCCCUGGAGAAAUUGAGUUCAACGUCACAGGGAACUACGGCAGCCCCGUCCACACCAACCACAACGCCAACUACAGCUCGAUGCCGUCUCCCGACAUGGAUCAGAUCGAUCGCAGGCAGAACGACCAGAGUCGACGGCCGCUCAGCGUCGCCACGGACAACAUGAUGCUGGAGUUCUAUAAAAAAGACGGCAUUAGGAAGAUACAAAGCAUGGGUGUCAGGGUGAUGGACACUUCUUGGGUUUCGCGCAGGGGCUCGUCUUCUUCGCGUAAAUGCUCUUCCACGCCACCGAGCGUGCAUCCCCCCACCCCGCCCAUUGAUGCUCUCAUCCCAGAGCAGCUGGGGGAAAUCUCCACCUCCCCCUCCCCCACCCCUCCUCCCACUAGCAGUGACCGAGCCAGCUCGGAUGAUGCAUCCUCCAAUUGGUCGGACUCCUGUUACGCCUACCCCUCCCCUGAGGAGGAGAGGCCGCCUCCCCCUUACCCGUCUUCCUCCUCUUCCUCCUCCUCCUCUUGCUCUUCCCACUCGCUCCCUCACCACCAUUUCUACACCCGAGCACCUCCGACUAUGCGUCCCGUCGCUCCCACUCCCGAAUCCGUGCCCCCCGGCCCGUCCCCUCCCCCCCGCCGCUCCGGCUAUAGCCCACCCCCGCUCCCCCACUCCCUCUGCCCGUCCCCUCUGCAGCUUGACGUCAACUCCAACCCCAAACCCAGCUCCUUGCACCUGCCCAAACAGGCCUCCCUGUCCGACGCUUCGCAUGCGGCCCUGUCCGAUUCAAAUGGCUCCACCCUUUACAUCAAACCCCCGCUCGUUCUGACUCGUCACGAUCUCUUCCUGGGCUCCCCCAAACCUCCCAACACUCCCCUAUCUGCUCCCCCUCCAUGGGCAGCCUGUGCCUGUAGCCGGGAGAAAGGAGCCAAGCUGACUAGCACUCUGAAGAACAAGGAGCUGUCUCCAGUGAUCGGACAGAAGGGGAUCCAGGGAACGAUGACCUCUAGUGGACAGUCGCAGCACUCCGAGCACAGCCCUCACACCCUGAGGAGAGCAAAGAAGUUGGCCCCCAUCCCACCUAAACCGUACUGCCAGACCGGAGCCAUGUCGGACCAGUCGACAGGUCAGCCGUCUCCAGUCAGCCUGUCGCCCACUCCUCCCAGUACUCCAUCCCCGUACGGCUUCAGCUACCCACAGGGAUACGCCACCAUCGGCUCUCCGGGACAGAUGGCUCAGAUGGCCACCACCCCGUCUCUCUCCUCUCCACCCUCGCUGGCUGGGACUCUCACCAAGGCCAGGCCGACCCCCAAGCCCCCCCGUCAGAGGCCCAGUUUACCUCCACCUCAGCCCCCCUCCACGCCUGGCACCAGUCCCCAGCCUCUGGAUCACUCAUCAGGUCUGCUGGACGGUUUGUCUCCUGGGGAAAGCAUGUCCACAGAUUCGCUCUGCAACUUGGACAUCCCCAUCAUUGACGUGGAACUGGACGGUAUUUUUGACUUGACCCACAUCUCCCCCUUCAGGAACUCAGUGGCGCUGCUCGAGUCGACGGGCAUCAGAGCGGAGUCGGAGGAAGAGUCUGAGAGCACCGUGCUAUGACGCCGCUGAGUUCAACGAAACACAACACCACCGCUGCACCACCACACACACUCAUUUAGUGACCUUUCUCCUCUUCAGCCUCAGUCUGGAUCUCAUCAUCACACCUCACCUGUACCUGAUCCAGAGGCGGACGACUUGUAAAAAAAACAAAAAAAACAAAAAGAAAACCCAAGACAAGAAAAUAACAUGAAAUACAGGAACUCAUCGAAAAAUAAAUCUCACAAAAAUCACACAAGGUGUUUGCGACUAUCGAUCAGACACAAUCUGACAUUUUACGUUUGGCUGGAAACAUUUUUUUCUUUUAAUUUAAAAGUUUUAUGUUUCUUUUUGCCUUAUUUGAUUCACUUGCAAUAUUGCCUUUAACUUUACACGUGAGGCUGGAAACAGGCUGCUGGGAGGGAAUGAGUGCUCUUCACUGCUGCUGCUGCUUCUCAUGAGUGAAUUUCAGACAGAAGAAGAACACAGUACUGUACAUCUGUCCUGCCAACACUUCUCUUCUUCAUUGUUUAUCUGCCAUCUCAAGUUCCUCCUCCAUUCCUCAGGGGUGUUUCAAAAUGCCUCGCUCUGGUAUGUGGUGGCAACAACCCCCCCCUCCCUUCCUCCCUGGAUUUCUGUCCCACCUGAGCGUUCACUGUGAGUGUGCCAGAAUGUCGUUUUGGAAAGUGUGUGUGUGUGUGUGCGUGUUUAUAUGUGUUUGGUAAUUGUACUAUAUGAUGUUGCACUGUAGGUGUUGUGGAGCAUAAACAGGAAUGCAUGUUCUAGACAUUUAGGAAAAAUAACUACCAGGUUUGCAAAGAGGUUAAAAGCCCAGUCACACUUUUCUCUGUAUUUACAUUCAAUCAGGAUUAUCAAUCACUGAAUAUUUAUUGUUUAUACUGUACAUUUUCAGAAUAUAUGAGACAAUUAACAUGACAAAUCAGAUCAGAUCAUAUUUUGUAUCUACAGGAGAGCUAUAAGGAAGUAUUUCCUCCAGAUAGAAUAUAGUUUAUGUUGUCAGGGAGCUAUUAAAUAUACGAGAUACAUAUGUCAUGAAAGGUACAAAAUAGAAAGGCAGGAAGUGAAAAAACUCCAUGUGAUGAUUACACAUAAUUAUUUUGGCAGCAGGCAAAGUCGCGUGGGAAGAGACACAGAGACAAUGAUGUGCAAGUUUGUUACGACUGUGCCUGAAGUGUGCCACCGGAAAAUUUGCUCAGAUUAAUAAUUAAAUUCAGUCCGACCCACGGAGCAGCAGCAGCAGGAGUUCUGUUAGUAGCAGCUGUUGUGAAUUGGCAGGAGGGUGGCCAAUCAGAGCUCCUGCUGCUGCUCUGUGGGUUGGGCUUUGUUUAAAGGAGUUAUCUUGUAAAUGGACAAGCUGUUUUUACACUCACCAAAACACACUGUAAAAAAACAAAAGACGAUUUUUCAAAAGAUUUCGUUCUGUGUAUUGUUUACAAUUAGGGCUGCAACUAACAAUUAUUUUCAUUUUAGUUUAAUCUACCGGGUUAUUUCCAAAAUGAAACAUUUUGUCUGUUAAAUGUCAAAAACUGUUCAUCACAACAUCCCGGAGCUGAAAGUGACAUCAUCAGAUUGACAGUUAAAAACCCAAAGACUCAUCAUUUAUUGUCAUAAAUGUCAAAGAAAAGCUGUAAAACCUCUGCGGGAACCAGCAAAUGAAAAAUGACUUGAACAAUUUAUGAAUUAUCAAAAUUGUUGGCAACUCAUUUUCUCACUUUUGACUAAUCAUUUGAGCUGUAUUGACAAUUUUUUCGGGUUUGCUACCUUGCAGUCUUCUACUUCUCUGCCUCGUCGGGCUCUUUGCUUAAACAUCUUUGUCCAUAACUGCCACCAACUGUGACUCCAAAUAUUAUAUUCCAUUUCUGCUUAUCCUCCUGUAUUCUACACACUGGACCUUUAAGUUUCAUAAUGUAAAAUGUAUAUUUAUUUUAUCUUAUUUAUACUAUUUUUAAAUCAAUGUAAAAGUUAUUGUGAUCAUAAAAAAAAGAAAAAACAUAUAAAACAGGUAAAACUCUAAACUCUGAUGGCACACUUCAGGCUCCAUGUGGGAGAACGUGUUUAAAAAAACGUUGAGAUUCGUCUCGGGCAAGGCGUCACUGAAGUGCUUGCUCGGUACAGUGUACUGUACGCAGGCACAAGACUUUGUCCCCCUGCCAUGAGGUAUCACAACAUCCCAUCAUAUCAUAUCAAAGAACUGAAAACAGUCACACUCUCAGAAAAAAAGGUGCUAUUUUUGUCAGGAAAACAAAACAAAACAAAGUGCAGCCCCGGUGGAAAAAUAAGCACACUUCUUUUUCUGACUGCAGUUUCGGUUUAACCUCCUCCUCAUUGCAGUUUAUAGGAACCCUGUCUGAUGAUGCUGAUAUUUUUUGGUCUAUACUGGUGAACAAGCGGCAAGUGCAAAGAUAUGUGUAUAUGUGUUUAUUUUGAAGAGAGUAUUUAUACAGAGAUAUUUCUGAAUACUUUUUACAUAGGUCUGAAGAGUUGUGAUUGUUUCCACGAAAACAAAAAAAAAAAAAAUAGCAUUCAAACACGGGACCAGAAUUUCCCUGCUGUCGCAUCAAAUCAGAGGUGAGGUUUAAGAGAAAAACUUGAAAAUCAAAUAAAACUGGAGUAACAAGGUUU